AUGUCAGGCACCAAGAUCCACGGAGUGGUUUUUGGAGAUGAUACUGAUCAGGAGGCAGUAGCUCAGAUUUUGGAUUUUAUUUCAUCUCAGACUUCUAUUCCAAUUCUUGGAAUUCAUGGCGGGGCCUCCAUGAUAAUGGCAGAUAAGGAUGUGAUGUCCACGUUCUUCCAGUUUGGGGCUUCCAUACAGCAAGAAGCCAUCGUCAUGCUGAAGAUCAUGCAGGAUUAUGACUGGCACGUGUUCUCUCUGGUGACCACCACCUUCCCUGGAUAUCGAGACUUCAUCAAUGUCAUUAAGACCACAGUGGAAAAUAGUUUUGUGGGCUGGGACAUGCAGAAUGUCAUCAUACUUGAUACGGCCUUUGGAGAUGCCAAGACCCAAAUUCAGCUGAAGAAAAUUCAUUCAUCUGUCAUCCUGCUCUAUUGUUCCAAGGAUGAAGCUGUCUACAUACUGGAUGAGGCUCGUUCCCUGGGCCUUACUGGCUACGAUUUCUUUUGGAUAGUUCCCAGCCUGGUUAGUGGUAACACAGAAAUCACUCCCAAGGAGUUUCCUUCAGGACUCAUUUCAGCAUCUUAUGAUGAAUGGGACUAUAGUUUAGAAGCUCGGGUACGGGAUGGCCUUGGGAUUAUUGCUACUGCUGCAUCAGCCAUGCUGGAAAAGUACUCCUUCAUUCCUGAAGCAAAAACUAGCUGCUAUGGACAACUGGAGAAAAAUGACCGGCCAUCUCACACCUUGCACAAGUUUAUGAUGAAUGUGACUUGGGAAGGUAAAGAUUUGUCCUUCACAGCAGAUGGUUAUCAGGCACACCCCAGGCUGGUGGUGAUAGUACUGAACAACGAUCGUGAAUGGGAAAAGGUGGGGAAAUGGGAGAACAACUCACUGAGCCUGAAGUACUCUGUCUGGCCAAGGUACAGCUCUUUCGCAGACAGCGACCCAGAUGAUAACCAUUUGAGUAUUGUCACCCUGGAGGAGGCUCCCUUUGUCAUUGUUGAGGAUGUGGAUCCUUUGAUGGAAAGUUGCCAAAAAAACACUGUGCCGUGUCGUAAAUUUGUCAAAAUUAACAACUCAACUAAUGAGGGAACUAAUGUAAAGAAGUGCUGCAAAGGAUUCUGCAUCGAUAUCUUGAAGAAGUUGUCUAAAACUGUCAAGUUCACAUAUGACCUGUAUUUGGUGACUAAUGGGAAACAUGGCAAAAAAGUCAAUAAUGUGUGGAAUGGAAUGAUUGGUGAAGUGGUAUACCAUCGUGCAGUUAUGGCUGUGGGGUCUCUCACUAUUAAUGAAGAGCGCUCUGAAGUGGUUGACUUCUCGGUGCCAUUCGUUGAGACGGGGAUUAGUGUCAUGGUGUCACGGAGCAAUGGCACAGUUUCACCAUCUGCUUUUCUAGAGCCUUUUAGUGCUUCUGUCUGGGUGAUGAUGUUUGUGAUGCUUCUCAUUGUGUCUGCCAUGGCUGUCUUUAUAUUUGAGUACUUUAGUCCUGUAGGAUAUAACAGGAACUUAGCACAAGGGAGAGAUCCCCAUGGACCAUCCUUUACCAUUGGAAAGGCAGUAUGGUUACUCUGGGGCUUGGUAUUCAACAACUCUGUGCCUGUGCAGAACCCCAAAGGGACAACAAGUAAAAUCAUGGUGUCAGUUUGGGCUUUCUUUGCUGUCAUUUUCCUGGCUAGUUAUACUGCCAACUUAGCUGCAUUUAUGAUUCAAGAGGAAUUUGUUGACCAAGUGACAGGACUGAGCGAUAAAAAGUUUCAAAGGCCAUAUGAUUAUUCACCACCUUUUCGAUUUGGAACGGUUCCAAAUGGAAGCACAGAGAGGAAUAUCAGAAACAACUACCCUGAUAUGCACCUUUACAUGACGAAGUAUAAUCAGAAAGGAGUUGAAGAUGCCUUGGUCAGCUUGAAAACUGGGAAGUUGGAUGCUUUCAUCUAUGAUGCAGCGGUGCUGAAUUACAAGGCUGGAAGAGAUGAAGGCUGCAAACUUGUCACAAUAGGGAGUGGAUACAUCUUUGCCACUACAGGCUAUGGAAUAGCGCUUCAGAAAGGAUCACCUUGGAAGAGACAAAUUGAUCUAGCCCUCCUUCAGUUUGUUGGAGAUGGGGAAAUGGAAGAGUUAGAAACCCUGUGGCUGACUGGUAUUUGCCACAAUGAGAAGAAUGAAGUCAUGAGCAGCCAGCUGGACAUUGACAACAUGGCAGGAGUGUUUUACAUGCUUGCAGCAGCCAUGGCACUCAGUUUAAUAACCUUUGUCUGGGAGCACUUAUUUUACUGGAAACUUAGAUUCUGCUUCACUGGAGUCUGCUCAGAUAGGCCGGGAUUGUUGUUCUCAAUCAGCAGGGGUAUUUACAGCUGCAUUCAUGGAGUACACAUUGAAGAAAAAAAGAAGUCUCCUGACUUUACUUUGACCAAUUCCCAAACCAACAUGUUAAAACUACUGCGAACAGCAAAAAAUAUGACCAAUAUCAAUCCUUCAAGAAUUAACUCCCCCAAAAGAACAGCUGAUUUUAUUCAGAGGGGUUCCUUGAUUAUGGAUAUGGUCAUGGAUAAAGGAAACUUGGUAUUUUCUGAUAACAGAUCCUUUCAGACAAAGGACAACUUUUUUGGUGACAACAUGAGUGAACUGCAGACACUUCCUGGCAAUCGACACAAGGACAAUCUUAACAACUAUGUUUUCCAGGGUCAGCAUCCUCUCACACUGAAUGAGUCCAAUCCAAAUACAGUAGAGGUUGCAGUAACAACAGAAGCAAAAGCGAACUCCAGACCCAGGCAGCUUUGGAGGAAAUCUGUUGAAUCUUUACGUCAAGAAUCUGUACGCCAGAGCCAAGGUUCCCAGAGAGAAAAUGGGUCAGAUGAAAACAGGCAGCUUUCAGUGAAAAGUCAAAUAUACCUUCCUGAAGAGAUUGUCCAUUCAGAUGUAUCAGAGACAUCAAGCCGAGCUACUUGCCAUAUGGAACCUGAAAACAACAACAAGCACCACAAAACCAAGGACAAUUUUAAAAAAAGGACAGUAGCAUCAAAAUACCCAAAAGACUGUAGUGAAGUGGAACUGACAUAUCUGAAAACCAAGCAGAGCUCUCCACGGGAUAAAAUCUACACAAUUGAUGCUGACAAAGAGCCAGGAUUCCGCUUGGACACUCCUCAGUACAUGGAAAACCUUGUCCUUCCAGAAACUAUAGAGUUUCCUGACGUUUAUCAAGAUCACAAUGACAACUACAGGAAAGCAGAACAUGCUAACAGGACUCCCUUGCAUAAUGAAGACAGUCUUCCAAAUAAUGACCAGUAUAAACUUUAUGCAAAGCACUACACUUUAAAAGAUAAAAAUGCUUCCCUAGUUGACAUGAACGAUAGAUACAGACAGAAUUCCACCCACUGCAGGAGCUGUCUUUCCAAUUUGCCCACUUAUGCGGGACACUAUUCGAGCAGAUCUCCCUACAAAUGUGACGCAUGCUUGCGGAUGGGGAACCUCUAUGAUAUUGAAGAAGAUCAGAUGCUGCAGGAUACAACGAACUUAUCACUUCCUGAAGAAAUAUAUGAGCAUAGCUGGUCACAAAAUAAUGCUCUGCAAUAUCAUAAAAAAAAUAAGUUGAGGAUUAACAGGCAACAUUCUUUUGAUAAUAUUGCUGAUAAGUCCAGGGAAAUUGAUACUGGAAGACCUUCUCGUAGCAUAAGCUUGAAAGAAAGAGAGAAAUUUCUACAAAGUAGUCCAUAUGCAAGCAUGUUUAGCGUUCCCUCAAGCAAACUGUUGAGCAACAAGGCCUCACUUUUAAGUCAUGCUCUAGAGGACAGUAAGCGGAGCAAAUCCCUGUAUCCGGUUCACUCAGAUGAUAAUCCCUUCCUGCACUCGUAUCGUGAUGAACAGCACUUAUCUCUUAGGCGAAGUCCAGCUGAUCUUUAUAAACAUUCAUUACCAACAAGAGGAAGAAAUGAUAAUUAUUUAAGGUCAUCCAUAAAGUCUACAGCAUCUUACUGUUCGAGGGAUGGUCGGAUCCAUAAUGACAUCUGCUGCUAUUCUUGAAGAGGAGAAAAGAAUCUUCCUGCAUAAGUGGCCAUCCUUUCUGUACCUUUCUGGAUGGUGCUGGUGACUUGUUACAUUUUCCUGAUUACAGCUCUAGCAGUUUGUUGGUCAUUCCUAUCACCAAGAUUUCCCGUGACUCCAGCUGGAACUGAAUCAGGCUGUAAAUGAUAUGGGCCAUUCUUGGUAGCAUGUCCUGUAGUGUUACACUGCUCCUGGACGACAACUUUUAUGGAGGCAGGAUAUUGAAUUGCUGAGGAAUGGAGUAGGUACAUGGAGGUAAAACAAGCUACGUAGACAUACCUGCCUCUUGCUUUUUUCCUCUUUUAAAGACAUUGUAGAAUUUCUUCAUGUUUUUGUCUUUCCCUUUUCACCACAGUAAAUUUUCCUUUUUCCUUUCAAAUGGAUUUUGUGUUCUGCUUGUGUUUCUUAGAGCAGUGUAGCCACCCACUAACUUAAGCGCAUGGAAAUAAGAUAUUUUAAUAUAUAAGAUAAAAUUAAGGAAAUUAAGAGGCUUUUGUAUUUCUGGAAAACUUUGUUUAAUGUUUUUGCAGCUUUUGCUCAGAAUUCAUUAUUCUGCUAUCUAAGAAGCUUGGUUAGGAGAAAGCGUGCUGUGGACAGACAGAAACCAAAUCACUGCCAGCUCACUGUGUUUUGGCAGCAUCUCAUAAAUACAUGUCUCUUUUCUGUGACCUUUCAGGAACACUUAGGAGGCAAAAUAAGGCUCCCAAGGGAAAGCAGGAGUUGUUUGGGUAUUUUUCCUGGUGAAAAGAAAUCGUUUUAGAGGUUUUAGAGGAAGCAAAAGCUAGAGCUGUGUGCGUAGCUUUGGGUUUCUGUGCUGUAAGGCUAAGCUCUUUCUGUUGCUGGGGGUGGGGAGUUGGGGAGAGAGAGAGGUGGUGGGAAAGGGAGGAGAGAGGGUGAGCGAGCUUGCUCCAGAUGGUAGUUCAGAGCACUGAAGGCUUGGAAGCAGUUACAUGGAUGAGGUGUCCUGAAAUAUUUUACCUCUCUCUGUUGACUUUUUAGAAAAUAUAGCCUCCUAACUUAGAUAUCUCAUUUAGGUGGGCUUAGAAAAGGAAUGGUCAAUUUAUCCCCAGACUCAAAAGUCUGCUAGUUAAAUCUGCAAGUCAGUACCAAGUUAAACCUUUAAACCUUGCAGGUGCAUAUAGGUUCCUGUGCUUAUGCAAGUAGUUACUGAGGUAGCACCUGUCGUUUGUGGGUUUUGCAGUACUCCCAGCCUAGUUGGUAUCAUCGUUUUCUUUAUACCAUGUAACUAUCCAGCAUGAAAUAGAAGUGUCAGAAUCUAUACCUUGUAGAAUAUUUUCAUAUUUUUGCAGUGUAGCAGAUGUGUCUGUGGUGGGGAAGAUUUUGGUACUAUUCUUUCCCCUUCUGGGUUCAUCAACGUAGAACAGGAUUGUGGUAUGAAUCUAAGGGUCUAAGAGUCAGCUUGGAUUUGGGAAGGAUUAAAGAGGUGAAUCUUUCUGUUGUUUCACAUUGCGUUUAAUAUGUUUGAUAUAUAAAACCUGAGUGAUCUUUUAUGGCAAAGUCCUCUCAUAGUUAAUAUAGAACAGUAACCAUCCUGUGGCUUGGCUAAAUUGUGUUAAGUGUUAAUCAUCGCAUCGUGUGCUUCUUUCAAGAUGGAGUGUCUUAUAUUCCCUUGCUAAACUUUUGCUUUUCCAGCUCUAGUCCUGUCUUAGCUCAAAAGUAAUUUUAAAGUAGAUAUCGUUCCUGUGUAAGGCGAUCCGGUUUGCAAAGUAGAAACAGUUUUCCACUUAAAUUUUUUGUUUUACCAAUGCUAUUUUUUCAGUCUAAACUUCCUUCCUAUUGAGACCUGAGCCUUCAAAGUAUAACAGUGCUGAAGGAACUUCUGAAAGAGUACAAAGGCCUUUUAAAGUAUGACUUUUAUGAUAUGAGCCAUUUACCUGCCCAAACUCACCUGUACUGUCUUAUUUAAAUGUCUUGGCAACAUGUUAGUGUUUACUCUUAUGAGGAGGGAGCACGGUUUAAUCACAGGUGUGUACUUUUUUAUGGAUGUAAAUGCAAGUACAGACAGGUACAUAGUAUGAUAGAGAAAAGGCUCAAUCAGCUCUGCCUGGAGUCACCUGUGAGGCUGUGGUUAAAUUAAAUGGGAGUAGCUUAAGACUGUCAUGUCUCUUACAUCGCUCUGAUCAUGCAGACUCUUCUGUCUGAUGUGCACAUAUUGUACGUAGUGUAAAAUUCUUGUUGAUGCUCAGCGUUCAUUGUGGAAUUAAUCCCAUGUUCACCUUCAUUACAGUGUAGCAGCGAUGUUUGUGGGAUGGAGAGGUGAGUGUUUGUGCUCUCUGGUGUCUGUUGCCUCGUUAAACAGGGGCAGAAAUCCUGCCUUGCUUCUCUCUGCUCUGCUGGGGAGGGUUACUGCACUCUGUAAAUAAGCUCCUCAUUUAUUUCACCUCAGUCAAGCUUUUAAUUAUUUUUUUUUCCCCUGCUUCUCUCGACCUGUGUAGAGAUUAUGCUGUCUAAACGUGUACUCUUCCAGUGUCCUGCAACUUUGGAAGUCAGGAUUACAAGUGUGCGUCGGCCUGCAAUGCAGUAAAAAUACACUUAGUUCUUCUUGCAGGUUCAUGAGCUUUUUUGCUACAUAGGGCAGAAGAUAUUUGCUGUGGUUGAAAUUGUUUUUAAAACGAAUGCCAGUCUAAACAGCUGUAAGAAUCCACUGCUGGUUUUGUGAUUAUUUUGUCAUAUCUAUAAUUUAAGAACCAGAAAUGAUAUAAGUAAAAUUAAGUUACCUCACUAUUUACCAGGUAUUUGUUGUUUUGCACUUAAAUGAUACUUUUUACUCCUUUUGCUUAAUUCUUUACCUGUAUUGAAAACAACGCUACAUUAGUAGAGAAUAUAACCAUGUUGUAACGUUGUCAUGCAAUACCUUUAUUAGUAGAUAACCACACUAAAUAUAGUAGUACAUAUUUAAAAGAGAGAUGAUUUUGACUCUCCAACUCUUAAAAAGUAGUGGUGAUAAGCAGAUAUACUCCUAGAUGUUUUGUCCUUUCCCUUCUGUAUUAGUAUUUGUUUUCACUAAUAUAUUUCAAAUAUUAUAUUUCUAUGUGCACGUUAUAAAACUGUGAAAAUUAAUACGAAUAAAUAUUGUGAUACUUCUUCAGUGCACUGUAAAGUUCCAAGUGAGACAAUACUUUGCUUGGGAAUUGAUGAAGGUUUCCUCACUUCUCAUAAAUGUACCAAGCUUUAAUGUGGGCAAAUGGUAAUAUUUACAGUGACAUGAAAUUUUAAUGGAGAAUGUUUUGUUUUGCAUUUCUAGUACUAUUAGAAAAAAUGAUAUGUUUUUCUCAGCAAAUGCAUUACAAGAAUACGUUUUUAAAAUUUGUUUUGUGCAUUGCAGUACAUAAGAAUAGCCAUUUUGAAGAGGUUUGUGUUACAUCAUUAUUACAGGAUUCUUUAGUCUGAUAUUUUUUUAUUGAGCCUGUUUAAUAAUGGUGUUUAAUGGCAAAAACCUUUUAGAAAUAUAUUUUGGCUUCUGUUUCACAUUGCAAACCCUGUAUUUGGACUCAUAGUGAUGCAGUUGAAGGCCUUCAUGAGGUUGCUGUGCCUUCCCGUGCUACUGGGGAAGGAGACCUAUCUUGUUCACUGUUGGGACAAGAUUAGAGGAGUCGAGAAAAACUUUGGAGGAUGUGUUGUGUAACAUUUGAAGUGUAAAUGAUCUUCAAAAGUGGAAAAAAAAUUAAAUUGGAGGUUCACAGUUAUUCACACUAGCGGGUGGUCUGUGACAGGCUGCGGGUGUGUGGUUUCUGGAGGAAAUGAUAAUUUUGAACUAAAGUGAUUUGCAUUCUAUUUAAGUUUCUGAAAGUCACUGAAAAAACUGGGAGUUUUCUUCUUUUUUUAUUUUUAAAGCCAAAGUCUUUAUGUUGUCAUACGAGGUUUCACAGGAAAAUGGCCAAAGAAUACAAUUAAAUAUGCAAGAGGUUAAUCCUAUGGAAAAGGGUAUCCUGUCAUCUUGAUAUGCACAAGCAUAUUAAUGGUAAUAGGAAAAAUGUGUGUAAUUUUCCUGUAUAUUGCUAUGUAGGUUGCACUAUUUUGAAUGAUACAAGCCUGAUAUUUUAAUUACCAAAUACCAUAAGAAUCUGUUUAUUAAUAUCUUAAACUUAUUAACCUAAAUAUAUAUACAGUAUACACAUGCGUGCGUGCAUACACUUUCAAAACUAGUCAUGUGUGAGUAAUCUCCCAAAGCUGUGGGACUCAUUUCAGCAGUGCUUUAUUUUAAGUGAUUCUCUUCUCUCUGUUCCAAACCUUCUAAAUGCACAAAUCCUCUAGCAGCGUUUAUUGAGUGUUUGAUACCUAUUACAGAAGAGGCUAAAGGGCUUGCUGGGAUCAGUAUUGCACUGUGCUUGGACACAUGAAAACAUGUCAGAGGAGAAUUCCUGUCUGAGAGAGCUGGAAAUGAUACACACUAGAAAUAACAAAGCCAUAGGAAAAGGAUGUCUUCUCAUGCUGUUUUGAGAAUUCAUGGCCAGAGAGGGUCUAUUGGCCUGGUGACUGAAUUAAAAAUUCUGUCAGCUUACACAAGUCACACCUGGCCAUUAAACAUGUUACUUAAGGUAACUGAGGAAGGAUACUAAAAAAAAAAAUUCCCAGGAAAGAUCAGCUGGUGUGUGUACCAGUGGCUGCCCAUGUAUUCUUCCGUGCAGACUGGGCAGUUUUCAAAGUCAGUUUUGCACACCGGUGCUAUUUAGCAGUGGUGUUUUAGUGAGAAUCACUUUUCUCCAUAAACAGGCUUUUGAGCUUGAUGUUAUUGAUGAUGUGGAGAUUUUGACCAAGAGAUGAUUAUGGUACUCAGCUUCUUUCCUAAAUGUACAGUGCUCUAACCAAAACUGAAUGCAAAAAAUACUUCGGAAUCAUUUGUCUGAAGUAAUUCUUGAGCUUUUUUUCAAAGGCAGUGUUGGUUAGUUAUUAAUUUUUCCACCUUAACCCAGAAACAGAAAAUUCUGUUGGGUCAUAUUUUGUCUACAGCUCAUUGCAAGUGUCUUGGAGAAGAGCUUGGUUCCAAGUCCUUCGUCUGCAAAAAGAAAAUUUUUGGUUAGCUCAUUUUUACCUGGCCUAGGUCUGGAUUCCAAAGUUAGGCUAAACACCUUUUGACUUAAAUACGGAUGUGUGAGUGAGUGAUGGGAGAGCAGAUCCUUAGUGCAGUUCAUGCUCAGUUUUAAAAAAAACAAAAACAAACAAAACCAAACCUCAUGGUGCAAAGAUAUGAAAGUUGCAUCAUGUAAAAUUGUGUGCGGCUAGGAAGGAAACUAGUGCAAUUUUUACCAAGAACUGUUUACAGUUUAUACUUUGUAUCAGCUAUAAUAUUAUGAAACAGUUUUAUUCAUUUCAGAACGUCCAUUUUGCACUGAUCAAGAACAUCUUGAUCUCUCUGUCUUCACACCUCACACCCACAUGCACAUGCACAGUAUAUCUUGUGUCUUCCCUGUUGAAACCAGAAGGUACAAACAGAAUUCAUUAAUGUGUUAGGCAAACUCCUACCUGAUUCUUAACUACGUAUACUAUUUUUAUGCAAAAUUUGCAUCCGUACAUUUCAGGUUCUCUCAGAAGAAGUUAAUAAUUUUAAUUCAUCAGAUUCAAAUUUAGACUAAACCCGAAGGGCAUUUCGUGCUUCCUUUCAACCUGUUUUAACAAUUUUUUUCUGGCUUAGAUGAAACGCUAUUAUUUCUGUGCUGCUAAACAAAAACCACCAGAAAUAUUUCAAAAUCUCAAAUUACACUUUUAAAACAUUUUUACCUGUUUACUUGAAUAAUGUAAAUUUAAUGUGUUGUCCUAAUUAGUCUUUGUAUGCAUACAUGUAUAUAUAUAAGCUAUAUAUAAGCUUUAUAUAUAUGUAUAUGUAUAAAGUUUUUUGGGGGAAUGAGGGGCAGGACAAAAAUUCAGCAUCGUGACAAAGAUUCUACAAUCAUUUAUUAAUGGUUUCAAGUAAUAUAUUGCUGGUUUGGGUUUGGUUAGAAGUUAUUUGCAGUUGAACUCUGAAAAAUGAGGUGUAGCUGAAAAUUAGUAUUGGAUCUUCGAUUGUCAUCCUAAGAUCAGUUUAGUUUCAUUUGUUUCUUGAGAAAAUAAGAAUUCACAAUAUUAACUUAGAAUUUUGCUCAGAAGGAAAAGUAGUAUUAGUACAGUUGUAUUCUUCUUCUGAUGGGGGUAAAAAACCCCAAGUGUACUAAUCUGUACUGGUUACAUGGAGCACUAAUCUACAUUGCAGUAGAAGCAAUUUGCAUUCCAUAAAUACCAUCUUUCCAGAAAUCUUGGAACCAUUUGAUUCUCUACAUGGUAAAUUAAAAAGCCUAUCACUUCUUUUAUUUACUAGUGCAAUUUACUGUAACGCUUUCAAGAAUGUAAUAUUUCAAACCAAAGGGUAAGUCAUAAAUUUCCAAUUGCUCACAAAGAAUAGUAGAGGUUUGAAGACCUCUUAACACCUGGGGAAAUAAAUCAGGAUGUUAGAGUAGAAAUAAAAGAAUAUUGGUGAAAUGGAAUCAAGCAUAAAAUAAUACAUUUUUAAGAGAACCCAGAAUUUCAUUAUAAAAUUCAUAGUCUAAUGGAUUCUUCAGAAGGGUUUGGGGAAAAAGAGAAUAAUUAAAAACUAGGUUUGACAUUCCAAUUACUGCCUGUUUUAUUAGACGGGUUUAGCAAAGUGAGAUGAAUUUUAACACACUGUGUGUGUACAGACACACACAGUUUUAACUGUCAUGUUACAGAGAUACACAAAUACCCGGCUACCCCUGCACCCACCUGUCCCUGCCUUUGAAAUCCUGGGGGUAGCUGGAUCUGCCCAACAGCACACACACACUGCAGCUUGAAGGAGCUGGGAGUCACACGCUUUCUCCCUCGUUACACAUACCGUCUCAGAACAGUUCACCCCAAACAUAUUUUAACCCAGUGCAUGACUGAGUGCUAAUACUGUAUAAAUAUUUUGAAACAUAUCUAAAAAAAAUGUUUGCUUCAGAGUUUUUAUGAUAGAGAAAUAUAUAAUUAUUAUGGUUGUUUUACAAGUUGUAUUGUGUUCUUCAUUUUUGUUAAAUAUGUAGAAAAACAUCAAGGGAAUGGGGGACUCGAAUGUCUGUGUGUACCGAAAUGUAUAUAACUAUUUGGGGAAAACACACGUGCCAAGUAUAACAUGAUGUAAAAAUUGUAAAUAUAUGAAAAAAUCAUUUUUCUAAUAAAGAUAAUUUCUGCUAAUUGAUAUGAA